GCUUGUCGAACAGCAAUGGCGGAGGCAAUGAAGCUAAGUAGAAAUCAUGCUCCUCCCAGUGACUCCAGUAAAAUGUCCAGCUAUACAGACUGUAUGGAUUCGUUACUGCAACUGCUAGCAGACUUCGGGGAAGAGCUGAAAUUUGGGGAUGCUGCUUUGAAAAUAGAUGUCAACCCCAGCGCUGUGAAUCUCCAAUCAUCUCCACCUGCUCAUGUUUACAGCUCAUUACAAGGACAUAUCGCUAAAUUACAGGCUGUUUCAGAAAGCCUAAAGGCAUUGUUGGAUGCUGAGGCUGAUGCAUCCUCUUUAAAGAACACAUCAGAAGAUGCUGUCAUCUCAUCUUCAAGCAGUGCACAUACGGCCACGCAGUCUGAGCACCAUUCGCACAGCUCCGGGGCUACAGAGAGCAAGACGGCGGCUGAUGACGUCAUGGUUCAGAUCCGAGCUGGGAAGUCAGAGAUUGAGCGAAGAAUAUCUGCAUUUAUGGAACGCAAGCAGAUGGAGAUCAAUGAAAACAAUGUACGCGAGUUUUGCAACGUGAUCGACUGCAAUCAGGAAAACAGCUGUGCCAGAACAGAUGCAGUAUUCACUCCUUACCCGGGUUUUAAAAGCCACGUAAAAGUCACACGAGUGGUAAACACUUACGGACCCCAGACCCGUAGUGGGGGAGACCAAGCAGAGGCUGGGGAUAAACAGAGGGGGCCAUUGACGAGAGACUGUGGAAAUGCAGCCAUAGAGGAACGACUCAACAACAUCGAGGCUCACCUCAAACUUCCAGCAGUGGGUCCAGUUCCAUUGAGUGUCUACCAGCGACUCAAGAAGUUGGAGGAUCGUAUACUCGAGUUGGAGGGACUCUCGCCUGAGUACUUUCAAUCCACAAGUCACCUGCACAAACGACAAAAGACGUCCUCUGCUCAGUCCUGCAGCCUGACAGAGCUGGAUGAGAAGAUAAGCGCAGUGAAAGCAGCUCUGCUGAAGAGGGCGACUGAGUUUGGGCCUGAAUUUGGAACAGAUUGUACAUUGUGAUAUAUUCAUAAGCGCAAACAAAUACUCGAGUUCAGCUGUUCAAGCAUUUAGUGUGUCAUCAUUUUCUUUUCCUCCAACUCUCAGCUACUCAUUAGCAGCAUUCUCAUCGUCUGUGUCAUUAAAAACUCCAAAAAACUCUUCAUGUGACAUUUGAUGAUAUUGGAUGGAAAUCGUGUACUGCUAUAACAGUUAAAUGAAAUAUAAAUUUUCUGUAAAUAAAUCUAUAUUUUCCUCCAUGAAAA